GGAGCCUGAGUCCAAUCAGAUUACAUACCGUACCGGCGCUUGAUCUCAAAUCAAACUACCCAAUGACAACGUACGACUAUGCAAUCGUCGGUGCAGGUCUCAUCGGCAGUGCCUGUGCCAAGUAUGUCAGCCAGUCCCUGUCCGACGAGAAGUCCGUUUGCUUGAUCGGUCCGGAUCCUCCCAGCGCUGCAGAACGCCAGGCUGGGUCCACCCGGAUAGCGUUCGGAGCGGACGACGACGAGGGCAGGAUCGUCACCUGCGAUACCAUAUCAGACCCGCUAGGAGCCGCGCUAGCUCGCAAGACCAUAGCACGCUUCGGGCAGAUUCAAGCCAGCACUGGAGUACAGUUUUUCUCCGAGGUUGGCUGUAUGACUGUUGUUGGCUCGCCGGAUCAAUCCAAAGCCGUGCGAGAGUAUGUCGAUACGCUGCUCGCCUCGUCAUAUUGCCGAGCAACGCCGGUACGGCCAAUCAGUGGUCGGUUUCCCUUCCUGGCCGGCAUUCCCGACGUCUGCUGUGGCGUGCUGGCGAGUACAAAUGCUGGUCAUGUAAGUCCACGCAAACUGGUGCUGGCACAGUUGAUGUUGGCCCGCCGUCACGGCUGCAAAGUGAUCCGUGACGUCGUGAUGUCGGUACGCGAUCACGGCGAUCAUUACCGGGUGUUGUUGCAGAGUGGGACAGCAGUGCUGGCUCGACGUGUGCUGCUGGCCACUGGUGUGUCAAGCGUAUGGCCAUCCCUGCUGCCACAGCAGCUGCGCCUGCUCGCAGUGCCGCAGACCCAGACUACACUAUUGGCGGAGGUGAGCGAGGAGUGUGCACGCUCGGUCCUGCACGCAAUGCCGGGCAUGUGGGUGCGGGACUUCUGGCACAACGGCGGCAUGGACAACACAAAACUGUCGCCGUCGCUGGCGUACAUAUUGCCAGCAAUUCGGUAUCCGGACGGAAGAUGGUAUUUGAAGAUUGGCCACGGCAAGCUCCACGACAAUCCAAUACCACCGGAGCCACAGACCAUAGCUGAGUGGUACCGUUCCCACGACACGGCCGUUGGCGAUCACCUGCAUGAUAUCCUGCGUUCUAUCAUGCCAUCGCUGCUGCCAAUCUCCCUCAGGCUCGAUUCGUGCGCCACGCUCACCACACCAACUUAUCUACCCUACAUCGACGUGCUACCGGGCACCCAGCGGCCAGGAACUCUGUACGUCGCGACGGGCGGCAAUGGCGGCGCAGCAAAGUCCUGCGACGAGAUUGGAAGGCUCGCAGCGGGCCUGCUGGUCAAAGGAGCCUGGCUGUCCGAUCUGCCAAGAGAGCGGUUUCGUGCCCGUUUCAUUGGUGCAGACAAAUUCCCACCCAGUUCACGUCUAUAGUUGCCCCUCAACCCGAUGAACAUUUUACUAAAUUAUUGGACAAACCUUUUUUAGAGUGACAUGUACACCUUGAAUAUCUUAGGAAUACUUGAAAUUAUACUGGUAUAUGCACCGAGCAAUUGGAA